AUGAAAAUUCUAAUUUUAUGAAUUUUACUCCUCAAUGUUGCCAAAGGUAAAAUUUAUCUAGGUGGAACAAUUCUUUCAACAGAUGCUCUUGGCAUCUCUCCAACCACAGUCAGAUCAUCUGCAACAUAUACAAUAAGCUUUCAAUUAGCAUCAGCAACUCCAAGCGAUUCGGUUGUUACAUUGAGCUUUCCUAGUGAAGUUACGAUCUCAGACAGCUCUAAUUAUUCAUGCACUUUGUCAAAUUUGUAUGGAACCUCUUCUACAGCGUAUUGCUCUUCCGCCAAUCGAGUCAUCACAAUUUAUAAUUUUUUCGCAAGCGGAUCAAUCCCACAAGGAAGCAUUCUUCCAUUUCAAGUGGUGCUAGGAAGCAUUACAAAUCCUAAAUCAACAACUCAAACAUCUUCAAUUUUAAUUACAACACUAUCAAGUUCUGGAAGUGUCAUUGACACAUCAGAUCCAAAUGAUACAAAUUUAGCUAUCCAGGCUACUUCUGUAUCGAUGAAUGCAGCCUCUAUUUUUCCGGCCAGCACAAUAAUUGGAGCACAAAGUACAUGAACUUUUAUAUAUACCCCUCAGUUUGAGUCUCCAUCAGGAAGCAUAAUUUAUAUAACUUUUCCAUCUUGAAAUGAGUAUCUUUUAGCAGCAGGAACAAAUAUUAGGCAAAUCAUAAGGACAGCAAGUCCAGCUUGCAGUGCUGUUUCUAAUAUAGAUUCAGCUAUUUCAUGCUCAUUUGAUAGCACAAAUAAAGCUUUGACAGUUAAAAAUGGAUUUUCGUCAACAAAAACAGGUGAAGUGAGAUUUAAUGUAACUUUAUGCUACAAUCCACCUAGCCCAACUGGGUUUUCAGGGUUUGUUUUUAAUUUAAAAGACUCUUAUGGAGGGAUUUAUGAGUCCAGCACAAAUACAAUAUUGGUAGCUGCAUCUGACCCAAAUACUAUAACCAUUGCUGACUCAUAUAUAUCAGCGGUAAGCAAAACGGUAAGUACAAGCACCCAGUUUAACGUCAUCGCUUUUACUGUUACUAACCCAUUUGCGGCAAAUGAUAUAAUAGAAAUCACCUUCCCUAGUUACUUACUUACUUACUUACUUAAUUAGAUUAUCGAAAAGCUCCCUGUUGGGCGUCAUACAACGCUUUAUCUCCACCUUGUUUCGUCUUGGCCGCCUGCCGCCACCCUCUAGGGGUAGACUCCUCGCCCGCCUGAGGCUCGCGUCUAACGGCGAGUCAGUGGGCUGGGCCACCGUGCUGUACGUCAACUUGGGUUGCCCUUCCAGAAAAUUCAAACAAUGAAUUUUCUGGUCAAGCUACCGGCCAAGAUGGAAUCCGUCGCCCAGGACGCAACGCCUGGUAUCGCGCUAGGAAAUUGCCCGAUUGGUCUUGUCGACUCUGCUGGACUUUCCCUUUCCAACGCCGAACCCAUCUUCCCAAGAGGCAAAAAACCUUGGUCCUGGGUGUAACUUGCCGUAGGCCUAAUCCGACAUUGAGCUCCACCCAAACCAAGUAAAAACCUGGCCGGAUACACAUUACCGAACGCCAACCUCCCUUCCACAAGGUCCCCUGGGUGACCCCAGCUACAGUGUUAACAGGUCGGGUUGGUUCGCCACUCCAUUUUUAUGUAUAUCACCUUCCCUAGUCAGCUUGGAUUUACUUCUUCAAUGGUUGUGACUGGCUCUAGUGGAAUUGCUUUAAAGCAGCUUUCGUACACAUUAGUAAGUACAAAUGUUAUAAGAAUCACCAAUGGCUAUACAGCAUAUGCUCAGGGUGGAACUGUGAGCAUUUCAUGUAACCCAAUAACAACUCCCUCAUCAACCAAGCCAACUGAUACUUUUUCAGUGCGCCAUUUGACAUCAACGCUAAGUCAAGUUGACAUUGGAACUGGAGGUGUUUUUACAGCAACCCCAGGGUCAAUAACUCAAGACGGCUCCAAUCCUUUUAUCAGCACUUCAGUUUACAUAGUUGGUGCAACAACUGCCUAUUUAUUUGAUUUUGUAGUUAGUCAUAACUUGCCAGCUGGAGCUGGGCUAUCUAUUGUGUUCCCAUCAACUGUAGGAAUCGCAGCAAGAACUAAAACUUCAUGCACCCUUUCUAACUUGUAUGGGCUUUCUUCAAGUGCGAGCUGCUCAGUUUCAUCAAAAACUUUAUAUAUUACUGACGGGUUCCCAUCAGGAUUUUCAGCUGGGAUCAUAAAAUUUGAGAUCGAUCAAAUCACAAAUCCACUUACCACUUACAAGACAGACUCAUUUGCUAUUUCUUCAUCACCAGAUAAUACUUUUAGCUAUCUUGUAGACCAAAUAACUACUGGAGUCACUUUUACAGCCCAAGCUGCAGAAUUAAGAUCUGCCACAGUAACUCCAGAUUCCUUUAUUACUGGAGAUAAAUCUACAUAUACUUUUUCUAUUAACACUACCACGCUCAUCCCAUCUAAUGGAUAUUUAACUGUAACUUUUCCUACUGGAGUUUCUAUAUCAGAUAUUACUAGUGCUCAAAAUUCCUGUACAAAAAUUUCAGGAUUCAAUACAAACAGUUUUUCUUGUACCUGCACUAGUAACUCUAUAAAAAUAGUCAAUGGAUUUAACACUGGCAGCUUUAGUCCUGGGACUUUAAGCUUCUCGGUGGGGUUCAUAAUAAACCCACCUUCCACAAGAAAAUAUCAAUCGUUUAAUGUGGAGACUUUUGAUUCUAAUGGAUAUGCUAUUGAUGCAAAAAGUUCAGGAAUUUAUGUGCAGAUGACUACAGCAAAUACUCUUAGUUCUGCUAGCAUAUCAAUGAAUUCAUUUGUAAAUGGAGCUCCAGCUACUUAUACAUUUAACAUAACAAUCAAAAACCCCACAGAAACUGGAUGUGUAGUUGAUGUAAAAUUCCCAGCUGAGAUCGCAACGCCUUCAAAUCCUUCAUGCUCUGCUAUAAGCAGCGUUAUAACAUCAAUUUCUUGCUCAGGGAACUCUACAGAUGUUCAGGCUACAUUAAGCUUGUCAAGUUCCUUAUCAAGUGGCAGCGUUUUGUGUUUUUCAAUUUCGCCAAUCACAAAUCCUCCAUCUACCCAAUCAACUUCUUCAUUCUCAAUUUACACGAUGACAACAGAUGGAUAUUAUAUGGAUAAAAAAGAGAAUGGGCUAACUGUGACUACCACAACCCCAGGAAAUAUUACAAACAUCGUUAUAAGUGCUGCAGAUAGCAGAAUAGGGGUAACUACAAAUUAUACUAUCAGCUAUACGCCUCUUAAUGUGCAUCCAUCAGGAACAACUAUUUUGCUGACAAUUCCAGCUGAAUUCUCAGCCGGGUCUAUUUCAUGCCUCCCAAUAACUUUGAGUUCAAGUUUUACAUGUGUGGUUGCAAGCAAAGUAAUAAUAACCACUGGUGGUUUUGACACUUCAUAUACUUCAGCUAGCAGGAUUGCAAUCCUUAUCACAGGUUUAACGAAUCCUAACAAGCAAAUACUUACGUCAGCUUGACUAUUAUACUCAAAAAUAGGUAGCUAUUCAAUUGAUGAAUGCACUUACGUUACCUCAUCUUUUACAUGUGACAGUAAUUGCUAUACCUGCUUCACCACUCCAAACUAUUGCACUUCUUGUGAUCCAAGUGGAUCAUAUCCUUACUUAGAUGGGAACACCUGCAACGCAAAUUGCCCUAAUGGGCAAUACGACAAUAUUACAACACCCGCAAAGAAAUGCGACGACUGCGAUACUAUUUGUCUAACUUGCAAGGACUAUUCUACAUACUGCUUGACAUGUGACUCUGCAGGUCUUUAUCCUUAUUAUUAUGAUAAUACCUGCAGCAGCUCUUGUCCAAGUGGUAAAUAUGGAGAUGGCUUGACUUGUUUGUCAUGUAUAAACCCAUGUGCCACUUGCUCAAGCGCAUCUGUAUGCACUUCAUGCACGGUAAAAAAAUCAGCCCCAAACUAUGGGGCAAAUACAUAUCUGAAUGCUGAUGGAACAUGUACAGUCACAUGCCCAGAUAGCACCUUUGCCAAUAGCACCUCAUAUACGUGCGAUGCAUGCUCUCCAAGUUGUUCGAAAUGCUCACAAUCAGCUUCUUACUGCACAUCAUGCAAUUCCCCGCUACUCUUGCAAUCUGGGAAAUGUGUAUCUAGUUGCACAGGUGGAGGAUAUUAUAUCCAGAGCAAUGGAGUUUGCUACCCUUGUGAUUCUCCAUGCAAUACAUGCUCAUUGACAACCUCAAAUUGUACUACAUGCAUUUCAAAUUACUAUCUUUAUGGUUAUUCAUGUGUAUCUCCAUGCCCUUAUUGAACAGUUUUAGUACUGAACCGUUGUAAAGAUUGUAUAAACUCAUGUGAAACCUGCUCUGGAGCGCCCGCUUAUUGUACUUCAUGCCUUGGAAAUAAACUGCUUGAAGGGACAACUUGUGUAGAUCACUGCACUGAUGGCUAUUUUUCGAAUGGAGUUGAAUGCGUUGCUUGCAAUCAGACUUGUGCAACAUGCUCAUCAUCAGCAACUGCUUGUACCAGUUGUGAUUCAGGAAAUUAUCUAUUAGGGAGCUCUUGCGUAUCAAGCUGCCCCUCUGGCACCUAUAUUCCUGGCGAUGGGAUCUGCUUAGCUUGCAAUUCAACAUGCUUGACAUGCUCGGGCUCCACAAAUACUUGCAAAAGUUGUCCAAAUGGAAAAUAUUUAUAUCAAAAUAGCUGUGUUUCUCAAUGCCCAGCCGAUAUUUCUAUUCAAAGUGGUUCAUUAUGUAUAUCUUGCAGCAGCAAUUGUGCUAAAUGCUUAACAGAUCCAAACACUUGCACAGCCUGCUCUUCAAGCUUAGUAUUAGAAAAUGGCUCAUGCGUCGACAGCUGCCAAGGAGGCUACAUACUAUCAAACAACCAAUGCUUAGCAUGCAACACAAACUGCUUUAGCUGCUCCAUAACGACUACAAACUGUACAGCUUGCUAUACGAACAUGUAUCUAUACAGUGACUCAACUAGCAGUUGGUGUGUUUCUUCGUGUCCUGAAAAUUAUAUGCCAAGUUCUGGCCAUUGCAUCCCUAUUUCUGCCAGUGACUGCGCAGUGGGCUGCACAUCGACAUUAUUAGGAAACUCUGCAUGUGAUUCAAUUUGCAAUACAACUGACUGCAAUUAUGAUAAUGGAAAUUGCUUAUCUGCAGGAAGCUGCUCUUUUGGAAAAUAUCAAGAUGGAACUCAAUGCGUAGAUUGCUCCUAUCCAUGCAACAACUGCAUUGGGCCAACUACCUGCACAUCUUGCAAGGCAAAUUCUACUACAGGAGUCCAAUUACUUAUUUAUGAUUAUUAUUGUUAUGAUAAAUGCCCUUCUGGGACUGUGAAAAGUGGAAUUACCUGCGUAGAUUGCAAUAGCAAAUGCUCUGAAUGCCAAGGCAACUCUAACACAUGUAUUUCUUGCAAGUCAGGCUAUUAUCUAUACAAUAAUAAUUGUAUAUCAAGCUGCCCUAGCGAUACAACGAUAGUUGUAGGGGAUUCUUGCGUAGAUUGCAGCACUAAUUGUUUAUAUUGCAAUGUGACUUAUGAUUCCUGCACAGCGUGUCCAGCUGGAAAAGUUUUACAAGGAACUAAAUGUCAAGCUUCAUGCAAUACAGGCUAUACAACUACUUCGACAAGCAGCAAUAAAUGCAUCAAAUGUGAGGGGUGCUAUGAGUGCUAUGGGACAACUACUUACUGCACAAGCUGCACCAGUGAUAAAUUCUUAUAUGAGCACCAAUGCUUAGCUAAUUGCCCUGAUGGGAGCUAUCCUAAUGGAAAUACUUGUGAAAGCUGCCCUUCAUCUUGUAUAGCCUGCUCUGGAUCAACAAGCUGCAGUUUAUGUGCGAGUCAGUAUGUAAAAUAUAAUUCAUUAUGCUUAUCAAGCUGCCCUGCUGGGUAUUAUAAUAAUACAGGAACUUGUGCUAUUAUUGAGCCCCCUGUCCAAUGCUCUGCUAAUUGCACUGAUGCCAUGCUGAAUAAUGGAGUUUGUGAUUCUGACUGUCAAACAGUGGAUUGCAAUUGAGAUAAUGGAGAUUGUGUGCAAAGUACUUGUGGGUCUGGGAAAUACUGGGAUGGAAGUGCAUGCCAAGCUUGUGAAUACCCUUGCAAAGAAUGUUCAGCAGCAACCACUUGCACAGCUUGUCUAAGCAACUCUAUAGCAGGGCUUAAGCAAUAUCUAUAUAAUAACGACUGCUAUAGUGACUGUCCAGAAGGGACAUUGAAGAGCGGCCUUAUUUGUGUAGACUGCAAUAGUUCUUGUAAAGAAUGUGCUGUAACCACAGAUACUUGCAUUAGCUGUAAUAGUAGUAAAUAUCUUUAUAACGGCGAAUGCUUAAAAGAAUGUCCAGCAGAUUAUACAGUGCAACUAGGUAAUGUCUGUGAAGACUGCAGCUCAAACUGCGAUACUUGCAAAGGGACUUUUGAUUACUGCACAACAUGCCCUACUGGAAAAGUUCUGCAAGGGUCUUCAUGCCAAACUAAAUGUGAUACAGGAUACACUACAAUAGGGAGUGGUUAUGAAUGCACAGCUUGUGUAGGAAAUUGCAGUGCUUGCUCUGGGCAAACUUAUUAUUGCACUAGCUGUUUGAAUGGUUUAUAUCUUUAUCAAGGAAACUGCAUAAAUUCCUGUCUCGAUAAAAGCACGGUACCAGUAGGAAAUACUUGCCAGAAUUGCCAAAGCCCAUGUGCUACUUGUACCCAAACGACAACGACAUGCACAGCCUGCAAUUCUACCACUUAUUUGUAUAAUCAUCAAUGCUGGUCUGUAUGUCCUAGUGGCUAUGAGCCUAAUUUAGGCGCCUGCACUUUAAUGUGCGCUGAAGGUUGUACUAAAGCUCUAUUAGCAAAUAGCCAGUGCGACCCAGCCUGUGCUACAGAGUCAUGUUCUUAUGACAAUGGGAUGUGUGAUCCAAUAACUAUCUGCAAUUCUGGAUAUUAUCUAGAUUCUUCAAAAUGCCUUCCUUGUGUAUAUCCUUGCAAUACCUGUUUAUCAUCUGUAUAUUGUAACACAUGCAAACCUAGCAAUGUCACCAAUACCCAACUUUUUGCUUAUAAAGGCAAAUGCUAUGAUAAUUGUCCAUCAGGCAGUUAUCAAAGCGGGCUUAUUUGUGAAGCAUGCUCUACUGCUUGUCUCGAAUGCUCAGGCACCUCAACCAUUUGCACUUCGUGCUCACCCCCAUUAUCUCUAAUAAAUGGCUCUUGUGUGAGUUGUAAUUACCCUUGCAGUGCAUGCAUUGAAACUAUAGAUAAAUGCACAUCAUGUGUUAAUGGCCUAAUUCUUGUAGGAAACACUUGCGUUAGCUGCGAUACGAGCUGCAAAACCUGCUCAGGAACGAAAACCAGUUGCACAUCUUGCAACGAUAAUUAUUACUUAGUCGGAAGUAGCUGCAAUGCAUGCGAUUCCACAUGCAAAACUUGCGAAACGAGCUCUACAAAAUGCUUAUCAUGCUAUAAUGAUGCUAUACUAAUUGGCAACUCUUGCUAUGAAAACUGCCCUGAUGGGACUUAUAAAGUAGGAUCGAAGUGUCAAUCAUGCUCAACGCCUUGCAAAACAUGUGAAGGAAAAGCAAGCUAUUGCACUUCUUGCAGCACAGGAAGCUUAUUAAAUAAUACUUGCGUGGGUAGUUGCCCAACAGACUAUUACAGUUCAUCAUAUGUUUGCUAUAAAUGCUCAGAUAAUUGCUAUGAAUGUUCAUCAUCAAGCAAUUGCUUAACCUGCAAUGCAAAUUAUUCAUUAAGAAAUGGCUACUGCAUUACACCAUGUCCAGAUGGACAGUAUUAUUAUGGCACUUCUUGCCAAUCGUGCUCUUCGAGUUGUCUUACAUGCGAUUAUUCAUCUACAAACUGCACAUCUUGCAGCCCUCCUAAAGUUCUGACUUCACAUCUGUGCAUUACUCCAUGCGAAGAUGGCUAUACAACAACCCCGACUUCUAAUUAUCAAUGUCUUCCAUGCCAAUCUCAAUGCAAAACUUGCUAUAACUCGACUUCUAACUGUACAAAAUGCGCAAAUUCUGCUUAUUUCGUAUAUAAUGGCGGCUGUACAAAAUCAUGUCCAACUGGGACUACAAUUCCAAUUGAUAAAACAUGUGUUGAUUGCGAUUCAUCAUGCCUUACGUGCGAAAACAACAUAGAUGAAUGCACAAGCUGUGACAAUUCUACAAUUUUGUUUAAUAAUACCUGUGUUUCUAAAUGUCCUCAUGGCUAUCAAGACUUCAACAAUUAUUGUAUAAAAUGUCAAAAUUCAGACUGUAGCAAUACAACUUCAUCAGAUAACUUUGACAUAGGGACGGUACCAUUUCCUUUUACUGGAGUUACUUUUAUUUCAGUAGGCAUUAUAGGCAUAACUAAAUUAACAGCGAUUGGUGUUAACUUUGUACCUUCAGCAAUUUCUGUGUGAUCUGUCUCAUCAUGCGCUUCUUGGAUAUUUUUGUGCUCUUAUAUUCCUGAUCAAGGAGGAGACCAUUCUAGACGAUUAUUUGAAAUUGGCACUGAGAGCAGCUUAAUAGUAACUAUCGCAAUCAUUCUUAUUCUUGGGGCUUUGUUUUUCCAUUAUAUGUGCAAUGAAAUUUUUAUAUGGAAAUAUAUUAAAAAUAUUUUCAGAAGUGAUGGAACUUUUAGAUAUUGAAGGAAAAAUCCGUCGCCAUCUAUUUGAUAGGAUUUUAUCCCUUGUAUAGGAUUUUUGGCAGUAACUUUUUCCUUGUGAGGCAAUUGCUCGGCAAAAAAAAACGUUUAAAAUUCUAUCAAAUUUAUAACAAGGUAAAAAAUUUCAACAAAAUGUACCAAAGGAAUUGUCACAUGAGUUAAAUAUUCUGAUCGAAUGGCAUGAAGCUGGAAAAAUCAUAGAGGAGCCUCAGCUGCAACUCUUCUUUUAUCGGCUUUUAUAUCGUUUCAUUGUGUCAGAAUUAUUUAUUGUGGGCUAUUCAAUAAAGAUUGCUUUAAAGCCAAUUUCGAUAAUAAGUGGAAAUUAUAUAAGCUGCUAAUAAAAUUUGGAUAUGUGAGCUUGCUAUGCACAUUUAUCCCUAUAAUAACAGCUCAAAUCUUACUAAUGAACCAUUAUUCUAUAUCUGACUGGCUGUUCAUGUUUUCUUUAGAUUCCUUCAUAGUUACGCUAUUUUUAGGAUUUUUUAUCUUUAUUGAUUUGAAGAAAUUGGAGCAGUCACUAUUAAGAAAAGAAUGGGAAAAUGAAUUUAGAGACACAAAUCAAGAAGGUCAAAAGCUUGUAAGCCCUAAUAACACGUUGAAUAAUAUGGUGAAAUUUCUCCCACAAGUGGAUUUUAAAGAUAUUUUGCCUGCGUUUUUGCCAUUCAAAAAGAAAAAGUUAAGGUGGAGAAGCAAGUCUUUUAUAGUAAAAACAGAUGAUGAAUUGUAUAAUCAUUAUAAAAGAAGAAACUCAUAUCCAAUGGUUUCAGCUCGAGACAUAAAGGUAGAUCCAAAUAUAUUCCAGAUAUCAAAGCCUCCUAUUAUAAUAGAUGAACCAUAUGGUGAAGAAAAACUGCAUAUGUCUAAUAAUUAUUUAUCUGACGAAUCGACAUUUUUGAGAGAAGACGACACAAUCCUUCAAGGGGAUUUCCAAAAUUCUAAAACCGAGUAUAAAGCUCCAGCAAUGAAAAUUUUUGAGCCACGCUUCACAGAGCUUAAAGAAGAGCCACCAAAAAUAAUUGAAUAUAACCUUUCUUCAGAGGAAUAUACAGAAACUGAGCCAAAUAAUGAAGAUUUCGUUUCUUUAUAUAAAGAAGACUUUGAGUUAACUAGCAGUGGCAAACUUGAAGCUUUAAAUCAUGAAAAUCCAGAAUUUUCACACAAAAUUGACGCAGAGUCAACCCAAAAUGAGCCAGAAAAUCAAGAAAUAGAUGGACUUUCAAAUAAAGAAGAUUUUUCUAAUAGCGAAGGGCUUUCAGAAGAAGAAAAAAUUAAUAUGCUAUUUGGUCAACCCAACAAUAGUUUAGGGGUAAUUAAGGAAGAGGAUGAAUUAGAAUUUGAAAGAGCUUUUGCUGAUAGCAACGACCCCGAAGUGGUCAUAAUUCCUCAUAAGGUCACAGGAGAGCGUCUUUUCAUUAAAAAAGGAUUCAGAGGUGCAAGAAUUGUAGACUUAGAAAAUAAAGUACUAAAGAACAAACCUCCAAUCGAAAUAGCUGACUAUGAUUUGUCGUCCGCAAUAAUUGACGAAGAUGACGUCCAUUUCGCAACCUUAUACACGUAUAAAGGAGAAAAAGUCAGAGUCAAGAGAAAUUUCAAAGGAGCAAGAAUAGUAGAUUUAGAAAAAAGAGCAAGACUACCACAUGAUUAUUUAAUUGGCCAAAGUGUUAAAGAUGAAAGCGACUUUGCGUUUCACAAUGCAUAUCCGGAUCCAUUUGACCCUGAGGUUGUCAUUGUUACGCAUAAUGAAACUGGAGAAGAUGUGAAAAUAAGAAAAACAUUUCAUGGUGCAAAAGUGGUGAAUGAGGUAGGGAAUAUUAAAGAAGGGGAUAAAAUUGAUAGGAAUGAUUAUGAUAUUCCGGAUACUAUUAUUGAUAAAGAUGAUGUCCAUAUAGCUACUUUGAAGCAUAAGAAAACCAAUGCAAGAGUAACAGUUAGAAGAGAUUUUAGAGGAGCCAAAAUAAUUGAUUUAGAAAGAAAAUCAGAACUUUCUAAGCUUCCUUCGAAACUGGAGAGCCCACUUGACCAUGAUUUUAAUCCAGAAAACCUAAUUCCUGACAAAACAGGGUGGAUCUCAUCAGUUCCCUAUGUAAAAUCACCUAAAUCUAAAAAACCUCCUAGGCCAUUGAAGCCAUUAAUUUUUUCAUCUGAGCCUGAAGAAGCCAUUGAGUAUAGAAAUUUACAGACUUUAGGUUCUGUUAUGUCAAUGAUUGAUAAAGAGAAAUAUAGUUCUCCCAGAGAAUUUAGUCUUCCUCCUCAUUAUACAUUUAAAUCAGAAAGCGAAAAUUCAGACUGGACGCCUGCUAGGCCAAGUAUUUACCACAAUAUGGAUUUAACGCAAGUUAACAUGCCCAAUGAAGACUUAACUAGCUUUUAUAGAGAAUCAAGGCAAAUGACUACGACUGCCUUAGGUAAAAGGAAGAAAAAGCGAACAAAAAAGGCAGCUGAUACUGGGAAAUUGAGAGAAAUUGAAAAAUUAUAUUUGCAAAGAUUAGAAAAACCUGGUGAAUCCAAUACUCCAGUUUAUCGGCCUAAUACGAGCUAUUUAAUUUUAGACCCAGAGCAAGAUGUAGCAGAGAGGUCUGACAGCUUUAAUGAGUUUAGGCCAUUGUAUACAGCUGGUGAAAGUAUUGUCUUUAACAGGUUUAAAAAUGAAUAA